AUGGAUGUUGCAGAGCCUCUGGGUUUCGAGCCCCGCGACCACGGGCUGGUACCCCGCCGAGCCCUCGAUGCCACCUUCGUCGAUGGCAAGCUGAGCUUCACAUCCCAGCGCGGCAGUGAAUCCGUACGCCCGGAGGAGAUUGUCUUCAUCAUCCCGGCGAAUCCUCACCUCAGCUCGGGUCCCAUCAUCUGCGCACUGAGAGAGGACGCUGAAGCCAAGGAAUUUCCGUAUCAGCUGGAUAUCUUCUUUGUCGCCGGCGACCUGCCCCCAGAGCUCACUGACGGCCUCCUACUCUCGCAAUUCCCCGACCACCUCAAUCCUCAACCAAGCCGCCACGAUGUUCACUUCAUCGUUUCUACAAAGUCCGGCCUGGGCCAUGCUCCGAAAUUCUGGGACAAUGUGGUCCAGCCUCUGGUCAUUCUCGCGGAUCAAAAAGCACCAGGCGGCAUGUCAUCGCAAAGCAAUGGCUUGUCUGACAGGUUCAACGUUCUUAUUACCAAAGACGCCGACAGCGUUCGCAACUUUGCAAAAGACAACUGGGCUUCAAGGACGCAAAAUCAGCCGGGUUCUUCUACUACCAAGACCGAAUUGAUUGUUCUGAUGAGUGGCGAUGGUGGCGUUGUCGACUUGCUCAACGGAUGCGAAGAAACGGAGACGCCGACUGCUCUUCCGACCAUCGCCGUGCUGCCCCUCGGCACCGGAAACUCCAACUUCCACUCAUCCCACAAGCCUCUCUACACCGAGAACGGGCCGUCGCACAUGGUGCUCGGCCUCCGCACGCUCUUCUUCGGCACGGCCGCCCCGCUCCCCAGCUUCCGUGCCUCUUUCUCCCCCGGCGCCCGGUUGGUGACAUACACUCCGGAACCUGACGCCGAGAAGCCUGAGGAUGUCAUCCUCCGCAAUGAUGGUGUUGACCACCUUUUUGGAGCCCUCGUAGCCAGCUACGGCUUUCACGCCCAGCUGGUCUGGGAGAGCGACACGCCUGAGUAUCGCAAGCAUGGAGACAAGCGCUUCGGCAUGGUAGCGCAGGAGCUGCUCAAGGAGAGCCAUGCGUACACCGCCAAGGUCGAGGUUCGAAGCCCGGACGGCGCUGCGCUGAAGGUGCUGCCGAGGGAAAAGUACAGCUAUGCGCUGGCGGCGAUGGUGUCAAACCUGGAGAAGACGUUUACGAUCUCGCCCGGCAGCGGGCCGUUGCAAGGCCGGUUGAAGCUGGUUCACUUUGGCGCCGUGGGAGCGGAGAAGACGAUGGAGAUCAUGAUGGCUGCUUAUAAGCAGGGCUCGCACGUGGGCAUGAAAUGGAAGGAUGGGGAGCAGGAAGACUACGUCGGCUACGAGGAUGCGGAGGAGAUCAGGGUGACGAUCGGGGAAAGCGAUCCUCGCUGGCGCAAGGUCUGCAUUGACGGGACCAUCGUCGAAAUACCAGAGGACGGUUGGAUGGCGGUCACCAAGGUGAAGCAUCCGCUGUUCAGCAUUCUCGCCGAUCGAUCCAUAUUGUGA